GCACGUUAGGAGGCUCUGGUCGUUUCGCACCGUCGUCUUCCUGCCUGCGUCAGGGACCUGCCCUACUCAGUGGAGGGAGGGGUGAGCGAUGAAGCCCCUGGAGGAUCUCAGUGAGGAUUUCAACGAUUUGCCACAGGCCACCAUGUCAUCAGAUGAAGGCAAGCUUUUCGUUGGAGGGUUGAGUUUUGACACCAAUGAGCAGUCGCUGGAGCAGGUCUUCUCAAAAUAUGGACAGAUUUCAGAAGUGGUGGUGGUGAAAGACAGGGAGACCCAGCGGUCACGGGGCUUUGGGUUUGUCACCUUUGAGAACAUCGACGAUGCCAAAGAUGCGAUGAUGGCCAUGAAUGGGAAGUCUGUGGAUGGGCGACAGAUUCGGGUUGACCAGGCUGGCAAAUCAUCUGAUAACCGAUCUCGUGGGUACCGAGGUGGCUCUGCUGGGGGCCGGGGCUUCUUCCGUGGGGGCCGAGGCCGCGGCCGUGGGUUCUCCAGAGGAGGAGGGGACCGAGGCUAUGGGGGGAGCCGGUUCGAGUCCAGGAGUGGGGGCUAUGGGGGCUCCAGAGACUACUACAGCAGCCGGAGUCAGGGUGGUGGCUAUGGCGAUCGGAGCUCUGGAGGGUCCUAUAGAGACAGCUACGACAGUUACGGUAAGUCACGCUCUGAGAGCCUGCGGUGGGAGCUCGGCAAGCCUGGGUGCCCUCUAUGUGCGACACUCAGACCUUGUCACUGCUUGCCCAUAAGGGAUGAGAUUGCCCUCUCAGGUCUCCGUGCCAGCAGCCAUUUCUACAACAAAACAUAAAAGCUAGACCAGACUGACCAAGAAGGAAAGGGAGACGAGGGGCCUGCCAAGCAGGCAGCAAGCUGCAUGUGCGGCCGCCCGGCCCCGCCGCCCUUGGCUGUGGGGGGGUUGGUUGCUCCCGAGGCUGCAGGGCCGAGCCCUCCAGAUCUGGACCCGGGAGUGGAAUGCUGCCUCUUGUUGCGUGCUUCAGUGCUUUUACACUGUACCUGCUUCUUGUUCUCAGCUACACACAACGAGUAAAAAUCCUUCCUGCUCAAGAUCGUCCUUCCAAUGGCUGUAUAUUUAAAGAUUUUGGGAGCUUCGCUGAAUCGUUAAUGUGUAGUGAACACACCUCCUUGUACCCACUUUUGUAGUCUAAUCAGUUCUGAUCUUGUCAAACACAGCCUGACUGCUUCUGACCCCCGAGAUGGCUUCAAUACUAGACUUUACUUUUUAAGGAAACACUCCGUUUUUAAGGGUUUUAAAAACGUUUUUGAAAAGCACUUCAGAUUUUACGUUUUUCUUCUUACCAUGAGCCAUGAGUUUUAGAAAAUUAUCGGGGGUUGUGUGGGUUUUUUGUUUUUGGUUGUGUUGUCUUUUUUACUUACCUUUUUAGUGGGGUUGGCCUGGUGAAGUUGGGUCCUCCAAUUCAAAUCUCUUGGAGAUUGGAUGGACUCUGAGUCUGCUCUCUGUUGGAAGCUGAGGGAGCCGUGGCUUUUUUCCAACUUCAUGUACCGUUUCUGAGUGUAGCAUGGUAGGGCCUGUCCCAGAUCCCAGGUGGCAGCAGAGGCUUGCCACUUGGGCCCGGCCUGUACGGCCCAUCUGCUGUGUAUAACUUACAGUAGACUUGGAGAUGUCACCAAGAGGUUCUUGAAAAUGUUUAUUUAUAUUGUCCUUUUUUACUGGAAGACAUAUGCAUAUCCCAUUGAUGUUGUAUUUGAAGUGGUUAAGGAAUUCUUGUACACAGUUUUUUUGGCUUUACGAAGCAGAUUAAAAAACCGUCUGAAAUGAA